GUCACACAUCUGCGUUUCGAUAACCGUCAGCAAGCGCAUCUCUGAUAAUUUUCAUAAAAAAACAAUUAUUCAGGAAAACAACACUCAUUUGUUUGUUUAGAUCGGAUCACAGCGGAAUCCAGAGCAGUUUUGGAAUUAGAAAUCCCUUGAGCGAAGUCCGUCGAGAAUGUCCUGGCAAAGUGUUCCCCAGUACCCCCAAUACCAAGAUCCCAACCAACAGUACAACUAUGGCGGAGGCUAUCCGCCUCAGGGAGGAUAUGGCGGCGGUGGAUAUCCGCCCCAGGGAGGCUACCCACCUCAAGGGCCACCUCAGGGUUAUCCACCCUACGCCCAGGGAGGGGCCCAGCCCUAUCCGCAGCCCUACGGUCAGGGUCCUCCACCUGGCGGUUAUGCCCCCCAGCCGGGGUUCAUCCAACCACCACCAUCAGCCGGCGGCUAUGGAGCCUACGAUGAUCCGGAGAGCCAACCCAAGAACUUUUCGUUCGACGACCAGAGCAUCCGGCGCGGAUUCAUACGCAAGGUGUACCUGAUUCUGAUGGGUCAACUCAUCGUCACCUUUGGAGCUGUUGCGCUAUUUGUGUUUCACCAGGGCACUAAGAAAUUCGCGAGCCAGAACAUGUGGCUCUUUUGGGUUGCCCUAGCAGUGAUGUUAGUUACCAUGUUGUCCAUGGCUUGCUGCGAAAGUGUUCGUCGCCAAACACCGACGAAUUUUAUUUUCCUUGGCUUAUUCACCUUAGCUCAAUCGUUCUUAAUGGGCGUCUCGGCCACCAGAUAUGCGCCACAGGAGGUUCUCUUGGCGGUGGGCAUAACGGCUGCGGUUUGUCUGGCUCUAACACUCUUUGCCUGGCAAACCAAAUACGACUUCACUAUGAUGGGCGGCAUUCUGAUCGCCUGCAUGGUGGUGUUCCUGAUCUUCGGCAUUGUGGCCAUGUUCAUUAAGACCAAGAUCAUAACACUGGUGUAUGCUUCGAUUGGUGCGCUACUCUUCUCCGUUUACCUCAUCUACGAUACCCAGCUCAUGAUGGGUGGAGAGCACAAGUACUCUAUCAGCCCUGAGGAGUAUAUCUUUGCGGCGCUGAACCUCUACUUGGACAUCAUCAAUAUCUUCAUGUACAUUCUGACUAUAAUAGGCGCAUCGCGCGACUAAGUUACGCUCUAUUUCCAAAUAUUAUGUACAGUUUAACCAGAAUACGAAUAUUGUUCUCGCGUAAUCUCAUUGGUAUUUACAACCUCACCCAGUGGAGGAAAUCUUCAACUAACGAAUUACUCUAUACUUACGAUCUAUCUACUUCGCGUUGUGUUUCCAAUUUCCGGUUUACUUCUAGUUCUAAAUGUCAGUCAAAUUAGCUAACUUGUUUUCGGGAUGUAUGUAUUAUGUCUAUUUAUUUGUUGCCUAAGUUAAGGUCCCAAAUAUGGCGAUUAUUUCAAAAUUCCAAACAAAUUAUGAUAUAUGUAUACCAAAUGAUAUGCCAUUGAGAUACACAAAACAACAAUAAAUAGUCACGUAUAAAGCAUAUUUAUUUGAAAAUAUAUAAGCAACAUGGUUGCUGUUGUUAGAACAUAA